CACAUGGCUGCCCCGGUGGGCAUGUGACAGAGCCGUGUGGCUGCUGCCCACAGUGUGCCCGCCAGCAGGGACAGUUGUGUGGCGGCCCACACUGGAGCAGAGGCUACUGCGACCGAGACCUCACCUGCUCCCAGCUCACUGGCCUCCUGCCUACCACACCCCCACAGACUGGAGUCUGCAAAGUGCUUCCAGGGUAUCAGACUGACUACCUUGCGGACCCGUUGUGCCCGUGGGUGACAGGCUGCAAUGUGAGGGCCGGGGCCUGUGACUGCUACUCCAUCCAGACCUGCCACUUGGCUUUUUCCUAUCAAAGCCUGGAGGACUGCCUCAAGGUCAUGGAAGGAGAUGAAUACUACUGGAGUGAUGAAGAGGAGGGUGAGGAGAUGGAGGACGAGGAUGAUGAGGAUGAUGAUGAUGAGGAUGAUGAAGACUGUACGGAAUGGAGCUGUGAGGUACAGGAGGGCCUGUGUGUGUGUGGAGAGAGGAGCUGUGAUCCUCAAAGUCAUCCGCUCUCUGAAGAUGCAUGUCAGGAUCUUCUGGUGCAAGCUAACUGCAGCAAUGUCACUUGCCCUGAAGUUCCAGUUCCCUCCUGCCCGGAAGAUUCAAUAUUAACAGAGCCCUUCACUCUGCCUGGCAGCUGCUGCCCCCUAGUGCCCUCUAUGUGCACUUGCCAGUUUGAGAACUGCACAUCAACCUUUCCCACAUGCCCCAUGGUCAGCAAAUUGAGCAGAUUGUCAAGUCAAAUGGGCUUCCUGGUUCUUGCUGUGACAUAUAUUUAUGCGCAGGUUCUGAAAAAGAACCACACGACUCAUGAGGAGCUUGCAUUAGAUUGUUUAUGACUCCUGGCAAGAAAAAAGUUAAAUUCAGAAAUGAACAUGUGUUUUUUGCUCUAUGCU